GUGCGAUUCCCAUGUGCCUAGGUCAUCGGAGCUGUACACAGAGACGCCACCACCCUCUUCUUGUCCCUCAAUCUUGUACUCGCCAAAGAGCCAGAAUUUGGACGACUCCUUGUCGAACCAAAUGGAGCCGGCGUGCGCAUUGACCAGGUUACCCUCGGUAUCCCUCCAUCGCCCACCAGGAACAAUAUACUUUGCCUGCGCCGCCGAAGCAAGCAACAGCGCAGAAAGAGCUUUGCACACACGCAUUUCGAAAACCCAAAUGUUGAUCCCACAAUUCGUUUCCCCAACGUGCCGUCGGAGCUCCUCUUAUAGUGCGGGGAAAUGACGCCAGGGUCCGCGCCUCCACGAGCUGUCGGCCUUUGCUAUCCCGAAAAUUGCGGGGUGUGAAAUGAAGCUCUGCACAAUUUCUCCGGUGGUGCUCUUGGUCUGGGCAACGCUCCUAUGGGGUGGACUUGCGGUGUCGAUCUCUUGCCGCUUCUGCGGGAGUUUUUCCGUGCUAAGCCCGAUGCUUGAGCUGUCGGGUUAAUGCACUGCACUAUUAACCGAUGUGAUGCCAUACUUUGUGAGAUAUUACAGCAUUGCCUGACCUGCAUGCUCUUGGCUCUGACUCUCAUUUCUUGACAUACGCGACAGCACGGUUCGGUCCUUGACCAGCGCAGUCCGCAGAAUGUCCGGAUAUUUUGCGUCACCUCUACCGAGAUCCGAGUGGAUUGCACCGUGUGCCGGAUCGUAGGCUUUUGCGAAUCCCGAAUGGCGAAACUGUUUUUGUUGUACGUAAAGGUUUGGUCGAGAAUACAGAAUCGGGUUGUUGCUGCAAAGCCUUUCGAAAAUAUAUCUGCGGUCGAGCUCCUGUUUCCGGGCCCGAAACUGAGCGUGUAGCUCCAAGUUCUCAAUGUCUCUUUCCGAAGAGAUGUCGAGAUACAGAGUCUUGGGAUGCAUCGUGAAAGACUCUGGUCCAGAGAAAGAGGAGGAAAGAAAGUGUUGAAGGCGUGGGUGUUGCUUGCAGCCUCAGGCACCAAUGCUUGGCGGCCUUGCGUCGCGCCUUCCCAAACAGGUCCCCGAAUAGCUUCACUCCCUCCUCCAUCACCGUCAACGCGACGCGUUGCUCGGCAAUUUACCUCUCUACCUCUCACCAACUCUUUUGGCGGAAUUUACACUGCUUGACUUCAAUGCACCUCUUGUCGUUUGAUGCCCCUAUCCAUCCAAGUCCAAUGUUAUCCUCCGUGGCCUCGGAAAUGUCGGUCUUCGCUCGCAUGGCACGAUCUCAAAUCGAGCCACCGCCUCUGGUCGCGAGAUCUGCGAUCUGCGGUAGGAACCAUGACUCAUGGGCCCUUCUGGUGACAAGCUCCAAUUAGCUGCCGAUGAAUACGAUGUAUCCGCUCGCGAAAAGCUCGUGUUCAGCGCCCAAGUAUUUAAGCAGAAUGAGCCGCAGCCUACUUUGACUCCGCAACACCAUCUCGCGGAAUAACGGCCAGAGACAAUUAUGGCUCAACGCACUCUUCCUCCCGUUCCUGUCAAGCACGCAGAUCUAAUCGGAUACCUUCGGUCGCACCCCAACGAAUCUGUACGCGAUCUCUUGAAACCAUAUAACGAUUACGACGCUGUUCUACGGCAAAUCUUCGCCCAGGAGCCGAAUCAUCCCCUCAUUGCAGAUGGCCUUCUCAAUGUCGUGCCGCUUUACAAUGUCGGGGGUGACGGCGCCGCGGACCUACGAAUUCGCGCCCGAGAUCUCGCUACGGAGCCUGACGAUGUGAAAUCCAAAUACAUCAUGCCCCUGGCGGACGAAGAUCGCAGACCGGACGGUUCGUUCGCAGUGGUCCCAUCGCUAAAGCAGUUCCAGACCAAUUUCAGCAUUUUCUCCGAGGGGUCGCUGAGCAGCCUUAACUGGGACAAUGUCCUUGCCGUAGGCAGUUCGGUCGCAACGGCGCUCUUGCCCCUGCCAGGUGAGUUUGCGCAGGCAGACUCCAAACGCAAGAUUCGCCAAUUCUACCACGAGAAGUUUGCUCCUGCAUCCGACGUGGAUCUCUUCCUGUACGGCCUGAAUCACGAGCAAGCUAUUGAAAAGAUCAAGCAUAUCGAGCGAUGUAUCAACGAUUCGGUUCUGACUGAAACGACGGCUGUGCGCACGAAACACGCCAUCACCAUUGUAUCGCAAUACCCCACCCGCCAUGUCCAGAUUGUUCUUCGCUUGUACAAAUCCCCGGCGGAGAUACUCACUGGCCUUGAUGUGGACUGCUCUGCUGUAGCCUACAACGGGCGCCAGGUGUAUCUCACACCCCGUGCUCUCGGCGCAUACAUUACACAGAUCAAUAAUAUUGAUUUAUCGCGGCGCUCUCCGUCGUAUGAAAGCCGUCUGUCAAAGUACUCUAGAAGAGGCUUUGAGGUCUACUGGCCCGAUUUGGACCGAUCUCGCAUUGACCCCACCAUUUACGAGCGAAACUUGAAACGCAUUGUUGGCCUAGCUCGUUUGCUCGUUCUGGAGAAGCUUCCUCAUUUAUCCGAGCGAGAGCUGUAUCAGAACAAGAGGAGACGUGAACGCGGUCGUCCUGCCAUCAAGGGGAGUCGGCAGUAUGCUUUACCCGGCAAUCUCAAAGACGAGUGGGACGAUGAAAUUCCCGACUGGAUGGAGGAAGACCAAAUCUCGAAUUAUCACACGAUAAAGAUUCCAUACGGCAAAAAGUACUAUGCAAGAAAGAUCGAGAAGAUCUUAUUUACGAAGGAUCUGCUUCUCAAUGCAGAAUGGAACCGGCCACAAGACCGGACGGCCAACUUGCACCGUCAUCCGGCGUUCUUUGGCAGCGUUGAUGAUGUGCUGCACGACUGCUGCGGGUACUGUCCCGUCCCUGAGACAGAUGAGGAGCACAAGAUUGCACAGGAAGAGAGCAAGACGUUUAUUUCUGGAGAGAUAGGGUUUCUGACGGACAAUCCUGGCCGCCAGGAAAUUGGAAGUUUCAACCCGAUCACCGAGGGAGAUUGGUCCGGUAUGUUGCAUUACCUUUUGACUAUCAUGAAGCUAACUCGUACAGAAAUGGCGUAUCUCGGAAGCAGCGAGGGUCUCUCCCAGGCUAUUGUCCACGGCGACCUUGAGGCAGUUAAACAAUGGCUAGCCAAGGGAGUCGACAUUAACAAACGUGAUCAUACAGGGCGCACCCCACUGCACUUAGCAGCCAUGGCAUCGACUCCGGAAAUUCUCCAAUAUCUGGUCGACAAUGGUGCGCGCAUCACCUGGCGCUUGGCUGAUGGCCGGUCGGCUCUACACUUAGCAGCAGCACGAGGCAAUGUGGAAAUGAUCCGCAGCUUGAUGAGAAGAAGUGGGCAGAAUGAGGAAUCAGAGGCCCAAAGGCAGAUGCAAAAAAAUGAAUCUCAAGCGGCUGAUUCCGCGACCGAAUCGCACACAGAGGGCGAUGCCGAGCUCGUCAGUAAUCCCUCGGAGGAUGGCUCCACAGACCAUGUCUCAUACGCCACUGGAUCCUUUGUGAAGGUAAAGAAGGAGGAACCAGACAAAGAGGAACCAUUCGCAGCCGACUCGGAUCUAUCUGAUCCCGACAUCUAUGAUGUAAAUGCGGUCGAGUGGGACCUCAAUGCUUCGCCGCUCCAUCUGGCAAUCAUGAAAGGCCAUGUGGAGGCUGUUGAGGAACUGGUCACGGCUUUCGGGGCCGAUGUGUUGCUUCCUAUCAAACCAAAUAACGGUCCGAGAUCUGUCAAUCUCACCUUGGCCCUAGCUCUUGCACUGCCUCUGGAGCAAGCAAAGGCAAUGACAGCUAAGCUGUUGGAACUCGGCGCAUCUCCUGCCCAGGCAAACUCUGAUCAUAAAACACCUCUGUUAUUUCUUGCAGCCGCAGGACAUCACGACAUCCUCGACCUAUACCUACGCUAUGAUCAGCCCGCCGUUGCGCGCGCCAUAAGUCAUCUGUCUGUGGUGGAGAUUCCGCAUCAAAUUCUUUCCGUGCAAUCACCUCUUACAGCGGCCAUCGGGGCAAAAAACGCCGCUAUAGCAAGCAGGCUCCUCGAACUAGGGGCACGUCCGUCGAUAAGCUUUCAGGAGUUUAUGAGCUCGGCUCAAGAGUUCUCUUUCGUCCGGAAUCAAUUAACCGCGGAAAACCGAACCCACUUCGAGGAACGUGUCGACCAGCCUGUCGUCUACGCGGCUGAGAAUGACCUGCCGCUGCUGGCGAUGGAACUACUUGCCCGUGGCGCCGAUCCAAAUACCCUGACCCAGGAAGGAUACGUUGCGCUUGGUAAAUCGUACCGAAGCCGGCACACCACUGGCUCCUCAUUGUUGGAUUAUGUUCGCACCAAGCUGGCCGCUCUACGUGAGUACACAGGGGAGCCGGUCAAAGCUACACCGCCAGAGCCUCUGGAUCCUGACGACAAUGCAUACCUGAAAGAGUUCGCGCCCGGCUCAUAUCAGCAUUGGAGGGCAAAGGGCAUUCUCGCGGAAGAAAGGAAAACCUUCAAGAACAAGGAGCAGGAAUAUCUCAAGGCUUUGGAAUCUGCAAACACCAUGGAGGGCCUGCAGGAAAAGAAGGCCGCGAUCAGAGAACUUGUGGAGGCUUUUGCAAAGCUGGAAUCGGAUUUGGUCAAACGAGGCGCGAAAACAUUCCAAGAACUUCACCCGGACGUCAAGACAGAUCAACCUGACACUGCUAAGACCUCCACCGCAAAAACAUCUCCUUUCAGUAUCACCCUGGGCUUCAGGGGCCCUGACAUUAUAGGAGACAAGCGACUUGACUAUCUGAGAAUCCGCGUGGGCUGGCGACCUCGAUACUAUCAAGACGCUUACGACAACCGUUUCUUCUGAUACUAGCUAUCGCCAACCUUUGGAGCUUGCCAUCUGCGAUGAUCGGGGGUACUCGGCGUUUACUAUUGCCGUCAUCCGCGGACAUCUUGACGUUGCGUAUGGAAUCAUAGCCAUUGCCGCCGCUCAGUAUAAACCCCCAGAGGAGAAGCAAGCCCGGUACCGGAUGCGACAGUACGAUUCGAGCGAUGACUACGCUGAAAGCGACGACGAUGAGUCCGACGGCCUGCAACUUGAGGAGGAAAUUGUGCAAACCGAGUUCACCAUAGACACUGUCGGCCAGAUCAAAACCGAGGUCGAGAGCAAAACUAACCCAGUGGCCAUCCUGAAAGGGCACUGUGCUUUGAACCUAUUCCUAGAGGGAAUCACAGGAGAAACCAUCAACACGCUCAUCGGUUAUGCGAUUUGGACCGACGAUACCAAGCUGCUGGCCUCUCUCAUCUCACUUGGAGAGCAACUCAACGAGAAAUUCCCGUAUUAUCCAGGCGAUCCCCAGCCGGAUCAGAUAAGUCCGGCCGACUUCCUCAUGGCAAUUCGACUCGGAAGGCUGCACUGCCUGGAGCUUCUCAUUAAGCGAACCGGGACAGGGAUUAAUCUGGAUGAGCUGGUUGAGAAGAGCGAUAUCGAGGUCGUGGAAACUCCCGACCACUACCGCGGGCUUUCGGUGCGUGGCAAGAAGCGCGCGGACUGGGCGAGUCGUGGUCGGACAACUAGACAAUCAGAGACUGAACCACCGCUCCUUCAAGCCGCGAGGACGGGGAAUCUAGAGAGUGUGCAGUGGUUCCUUGGUCCUGUGCCGGCUCGCUGCUAUGCUACGUUUGUUGCGGCGUGGGAACACGACGAGAGGGUCCAGAUGCUGUCCUCUACGAAGAAAGGACUGGAGCGGACGAUUACUGAUUUCUUGGACUGUAGACGUA